AUGUCCGCCACUACUAGUGAUACGACUGCUACUCCGAUGUUCACGGAGGUUCAUGAGCCCACAACCUCAGUCCCGUUCGAGAACAGGGUUGCCUGGACCAUUCGUGUCAUGGACUACAUCACCUUAGCCUUCUACAAAUACCGCAUCUUGUGGGCAAUACUCAUGGCGGUCGUUGCUGUUGUCUUCUCCUAUAUUACUAACGGGGACGCUCUUGGAUGGCUGCAACAUAACAGUGUUAUUGCUCUAGUGUUCGCCGGUUUUGUCUUCUCCGUCCAACGUCACUUCUUCUCUCAACGCAACGUCUACUGCAUCGACCAUUGCGAGUUCUUGCCGCCCGAUUCAUGGAGGGUCUCUCGUGAACAGAUCAUUAAAAUCUUCUCAACUGAUAAAAACUUCACAGCAGACAGCCUCGAUUUUAUGCGCAGGCUUCUCACUAAUUCCGGCACCAGUGACCAUACGGCCUUCCCUCCCAACAUGAUUGAAUCUCUGAAGGAUGGCCGGAGGUGGAGCUCAACCUUGGCCGACUCUCGUUUCGAAGGCGAGACUACUAUGAGUGGCGCUCUUCAAGGCCUUAUGGACAAGACAGGAAUCACCGCGAAAGAUAUCGAUAUUCUAAUCGUCAACUGCUCUAUGGUUUCUCCAACUCCGUCCCUUAGUGCCAUGCUCGUGCACAAGUUCGGUAUGCGCAGCGAUGUACUGACGUAUAACCUGUCAGGUAUGGGCUGCAGCGCCAAUGGUAUAUCUAUCGACUUGGCUCAACGUCUUCUCCAGAACAGGAAGAAUCUCAAAUGUGUUGUGGUCUCUACUGAGAUCACAGCCCAGCAAGUGUACAACGGCAAUGAGCGCGGUUUCCUCGUCCAGAACACCCUUUUCCGUUGUGGUGCCACGGCCAUCCUCCUCACCAACAAACCGGACACUCGAGCCAAAUAUAAGUUGCUCAAUGUAGUCCGUGCUCAGCAGAGUCGAACAGAAAAGGACUAUGGAUGUGUGUGGGAGGAUCAGGACGAAGAGGGUCACAGAGGAGUCUUUCUUGCUAAGAACAUUGUUGAUGUCGCUGGCAAGACCAUCGCUGUCAACUUCAGACGGAUGGGACCGCACAUAUUGCCUCUUACUGAACUCGUUAGAGUGGUUUUCAACAAGAAGUACAUUCCUGAUUUCAAGAGGGGUAUCAACCAUUUCUGCAUCCAUGCUGGUGGUCGUGGUGUGUUGGACGGUGUUCAGAAGAGCCUCAAGCUUAGCGAUCGGGAUAUCCUCCCCUCCCGUUUGGACCUCUACCACAUGGGAAACACCAGCAGCAGCUCUAUCUGGUAUGAGCUGGGUUUCAUAGAGAGAUCUGAAAAUCUCGAAGCUGGUCACAGAAUACUGCAAGUGGCAUUCGGGAGUGGUUUCAAAUGCAACUCGAUGACCUGGUUAUGCCUCCGUACUGAGUAG